AUGUUAUAUCUGGUUAAUGAAAUGACCUUUAAUGGUUAUAAUGCAUAUAGUCUAGAUCUUUUAUACCUUAUUGCUAUCUUAUUAGGUAUAUUAGUUAUUAUAAGUAAGAACCCCAUAGUAUCUGUUUUAUUUUUAAUAGGUUUAUUUUUAUGUAUAUCUGUUUAUUUAAUUUUAACAGGAUUAAAUUUUAUAGGACUAUCUUAUUUACUAGUAUAUAUAGGGGCAGUCUCUAUACUAUUUUUAUUUAUUUUGAUGUUAAUUAAUGUUAGAAUUUCUGAACUGUUAAUAGACAGCAUUAAUAGUAUACCUUUAGCUAUUUUAGUAGGUAGUUUUUUUAAUUAUUUUGUUAAUAAUGUUUUACCAUACAUGGUAAUGACUAAUAAUUUACUUUACCACUUUAGCAUAAAAAAAAAUUUAACGAAUGUAACAUCUGUCUCAUGAGAUGGAUAUUUAGCAGAAACUUCUCAUAUAACAAGUAUAGGAAAUAUAUUAUAUGGUCAUUAUUCAAUAUGAUUAAUAAUUACAUCCAUUAUAUUAUUAUUAGCGAUGGUAGGUGCUAUAGUUAUAACUCUAAAACCACAAACUCAUGUUAAAUAA